UCAUGCAGAUCAGCAUGUACACCCCUCUUCAAAAAUGCCAUAGAGCAAUGCAUUUAUUUCAUCUGAUCUAUAGUUAUGUGUAAUAUAUUUUAAAACCACUGAUCGUAAAAGUCGUAUCAUUGGAAUGUUAAAGGAAGAUGAUGAAGAUUGUAGAGCUGCAAAAAGAGGGAACAUUUCAGCUGUCCUUUCUGCCAUCUCCAGUGUUGUGUCUGGUUUUCUCGGGAACUGGAUUUGUUUUAAAGCAUCAGAGAUGUUAAAUGUACCAUCUCAGUCUUUUCCGGCAGCUGGAUCCCAGCAGAGAGUCGCACCAACCGGACAGUCCAGAAAUAAGGUGGCGCUAAAGCCGGGUCACAGUCUCCUGGACUGGAUCAGACUGACCAAGAGUGGACGUGAUCUGACUGGACUGAGAGGUCGACUGAUUGAGGUGACAGAAGAGGAGCUGAAGAAACACAACACCAGAAACGACUGCUGGACCUGCAUUAGAGGUAUGGUCUAUAACGUGAGUGCCUACAUGGAUUUCCACCCUGGUGGGGAGGAGGAGCUAAUGAGGGCUGCUGGGAUUGAUAGCACUGACCUGUUUGACCAGGUCCAUCGGUGGGUGAAUUAUGAGUCCAUGCUGAAGGAGUGUCUGGUGGGGAGGAUGGCAGUGAAGCCCAGUCCUGCUCUUCGAGGUUCUGUCAGCUCUUUUGCUCAGACAGAGAAGACGGAGAGCGCUCACAUGAACGGUUUGUCUGUUCCUCCACCUUCAAGACAGGAGCCCUUAUCUUCUCCUCUCCCUGCCAAAGAUCAUCGCCCUCGAUAUGAUUGGUUCCAGACAGAUGGCACUGUCAAUAUCAUUGUUUACACCAAACGAAAGAUUCCCAGUGCUGGCUGUGCAGUGGUGGAUCUACAGGGUGAUACUCUUCGGGUGGAGAUGCUUUUGGGGAAGAUGUCGUACCUUCUCUACUGGCGCCUGUCUAGUGAAGUUCAAGGACGUGUUGAUGUCCAGACAGCCCACUCUGUAGGAAAAGUUCAGGUGUGUCUGCACAAAUCAGUCAAAGACAAGUGGACGAAAGUGGGGCAACCACUAGAACACCAUGACACAUUUAUUCAGUGUAAAGAUCGUGAGCUCUCCUACAGGGAAUGCGUGUUGGUUUCGAAAUCAGACGUCACACACGACACGCAGGUCUUGUGUUUACAACUUCCUCCAGGGUCAAAUAUGCAAGUUCCUGUGGGGAGACACGUCUACCUCAAAACAUCUCUCCAGGGUACAGAUGUUGUGAAACCCUACACACCAGUGGAUCAGUCGCUAAUACCUCCCUCACAAUCCAGUGCUGAAAUGGGCUCAGACUUAAAUCUUAUGAUAAAGAUCUAUCCUGAUGGAUUGUUGACCUCACAUCUCGCCAGCCUUCCUAUUGGAUCCUCUCUGUCAGUAGGUGGUCCUGAGGGGUCCUUCAGUAUGCGAAUCCUGCAUGAUGUCACUCAUCUCUACAUGUUAGCAGCCGGCACAGGCUUCACACCCAUGGCUCGUCUCAUACGACUGGCUCUACAAGACCUCACAUCAAUCAGAAAAGCCAAGCUUAUGUUAUUUAAUCGUCAGGAGCGUGACAUUCUUUGGUGCUCUCAGCUGGAUGAACUUUGUACAAAAGAGGAAAGGUUUGAGGUGGAGUAUGUUCUGUCGGAGCCUACAGACUCUUGGAAAGGCAGAAGAGGGCGGAUAGAUGCUUGUAUGCUGCAGAACUUCCUGGAGAGACCAGAAAAAGCCAGGUGUUUAGUGUGUGUGUGCGGCCCAACCAGAUUCACAGAGUUAGCAGUGCAAUUGGUCAGACAGCUGGACUUCAGUGAAGAGGAAAUUCUAAUUUUUCAGGGCUGAUUGGGACACUGAAGUGAAACAUGGAUUACUUACACAUGCUUGCAGAUUAUACCUAUGCAUAUAAAAUGCACUUUCCAGUCAAAACAAAAGCUGCAACGCCGUUCUUCUAUAUUUUCUUAUAAUUUGUAGAAAUCUAAUGGCACAAUCAAAAGCCUGCACUGACAAAGAUCAGAAGUUUGUUUCUCAACAUUUCUAUUAUUAUUAUUAUUAUUAUUAUUAUUAU